AUGGCACACCGUGACCCUUCUCCGGUCCAUGUACCCCUUCGGACCUCCAGUGCCAACCCGCGACGGCCAUCAUCCACAAUGAACGCCAGCCAGGAAGACAUGCGGUACCUCGAACGGAAGGCGUCCAAGGCCUCGAGGAUCCUGGGCACCGAUCUACCCGUGUACAGCGGGCAUGGCGGAUGGGAGCUACCCAGGAACGCACGACGGCCGAGCUAUAUGGGCCCUCAGGACGGCAGCUCCCGCAAGAACAGCAUCUUCAGUCGUUCAACCCAAGAGGCCGUGGCCCCGGCGCACCAGCUUCGUGUCCGAGCCUCGUCACCACUGCUGGGUCAAGACUACUACUCCCACGACGCGGCACCGCCACUCCCGAAACCUUCCAAGAAAGUACACCAAUCCGGCUCCUCGUCCACCCUCUUCUCAUACUUCAGCUCGAAGGAGUCUCAUCCUCGGCCGAAAACGACCGAAGACCCCAGUCUUCAGCCCCGAGUUCGACAUGGGCUGCAUGCCGAACCGCAGGUCACCUACCAACACCAACAGCCGCGGACCCCAACCAAAGAGUCCAAACGGAAGAUGCGGCCCUCGCGAAUUGACCUCUCUCUCCUCUUCCCGAAGCCACGGAACCAGGCACCGCCUCUUUUCUCUCCUCAACGCAUGACCAAGUCGCCGUCCCCCGUCUCGGUAAUUUCAGACUAUCCGUCAACCAGACCCAGUAUGGCAACAAGCAAGCCAGUUCCCAGACUAGCCGAUGCACCACCGCGUCGGGUCAAGAAAACCGAGGCCCCUAAGCCGGCAGAUAACUCGGAUUUGACGUCAAUCGCGGAGACGAAAGAUGGCGAGUGGUUUGAACAUCCUCUCGAGCGGACAGUCGGGACCAGUGAGAUUGAUCUCGCUCUCGACCGAUAUGCCGCGCGGCGGUCAAUGUUGAGUCGCUCUAGCGUGUACAGCAGCAGCCGCGAGCAAUUGCGGGCAGAUCGCGGACGUACAUUGGAGACCCUGGAGACAGGCGCCCACUCAGGGCCAACGCACAGUCCCUCUGCCAGUAGUCGGCGUAAAGACUCAUAUCUGGGACCCAAUUCCCGGAUGGAUUCGGUCCGUCACCGACUCAUGACUCCGCCCGAGGAAGCAUAUGACAAGCGGAGUGUGAAGAGCUCGUUGACCAAGAAGAGUAGCAAGACCACCUUGAAGAACAAGGACUUGCAGAACUCGAGUGUUCUCUGUCUCUCUUCCUCCGAGAGUGAGGGUGAAGAUGACGACGACACACCGACCGCGGAGAAUCACCCUGUUACAGCCCACAAGCAGUUCAGGGAUAGCGUGGCUACCUAUGGGGAGUUUGAGCCUGAGAUUUACACUGCCUCGACGGCACAUGCCAUGAUCAGCCCAACUCUGAAACGAUUCGAGCGAGCACCCUCGACCAGCAGCCGCGGGUCGGCUCAGAUCCAACCGAGUCAGCCGAGUCAAUCAGCACGCAGGAACACGUCCAUGUCAUCGGCCGGUGCGGCCUCGUACUCGACUCGACGAACCCCGUCCCGGCAAUCAAGUGCCACCCCGGCCAUCACCCAGCCGGCAAAGCCAAAACAACUCACGCCGCAAGAGCUCAAAGAAAUGAACCGGAGAAGCCGUGUUAUUGCGGUGACUCGACAAGAACAGGAUCUCCUGGAAGCAAUGCGCGUGCGUAAGGGCAAGAUCACGCCGAGUAUCUUCCACUACAAUGGCGAGCAGCCCGACCGAACAUCCAUGAUCUCGGCGGCGCCGUCGCGCGACUCAUUCUGUGGCUCCGACACAUCCUUCCUACGCCUCAGCGCCGUCCUGCCGCCGGGUCUCCCACCCAUCUAUGCCGGCACACAGAUUCAAGGUGCAACUCACUCGGACAAAGACGGUCCCUAUUCGCAGAGUUCGGGUUCUGAUACUGAACAGAAAACUAAUUCUAUCGUGUCACCCGGGUUCAGCAUGCCCUACUCCGAGAGCAGUCUGCCCUCGCCCGCCACCACCAGCGGCACCUCGCCGCUCACCCCGACUCUGCCCAUCCACCGCUUCUCGCCGCUGCCUUCGCCCAAACCGCCUCCAAACCAUCCGCCUCCCGCCAUCCCGGAGGAUCCGAAACAGCAUGCCCGCCGCCGCACCGAUAGCAGUGAGGCGAUCAUGAUAGAUGAUAAGGAUGAUCCGAAGCACAAGCACUCUCUUCCGCUCUGGUCCUUUGACUUUGACUGGAACCAGAACCACGACCGUGCCAGCGUUGCUGCCGUGCACUGA